AUGAAGUCUCUCCGAUUCAUUAGCGCUGAAGCAUUUGUGUCAAAUGCAGAGUUUGCCAGGAAGAGUCUCGGCAGUGUUGCCCAUAAUCUUUUUCCUCUUCUUUUUAAAGCCAGCUAUUUACUGGAGCAAGGGGAAGUGAUUCAUGACUUGGUAGAGAACUGGCCACUUGUUGACUUUAACAUGGGAAAACUUUUGGGAGCUACUGUGGACUACCAGGAAGACCUGAGCCAUAGAACAUGCUCAGUGUGCUUGGAAAGCUGUCUGACGGGGCUGAGAGACUAUGUGCUGAACCAUCCUUCUCCUUAUGCAAAAAGGUUGAAAGUGGUCGACCUGACGGGUAUAAAAGAUGUUGAAGUUCAGUUUUGUGAGUGUAAGAAGACAAUGGGCAGGUGGGCCAGGACACAGCGGCUCUCUAAGCUUUGUUUAGAACUGCUGGUUUACCUGCAACAAACACAGUGCAAUCCAGGUACCUUUGAAAUCAGUAUUGAUGUGUUAAUUGACUUGUUUGUUACAGAACGGAACUAUGAGCUGGUGGUGCAGGCCCUGUUGAAGAAAUGCUAUUGUCCACUGAAGAUCUGCUGUGUGGCAUUCCGAUCUGACAACCUGGCUUUGCAGAAAUUCUUCUACAUCAUAAAGCUCACUGAUCCCUCUCUGUUGCGCAAACUGGAAAUAGUUCACAAUGUUCGCUUGGAAAUGGAACAUUUGGAAAUACUCUUCAACAGUGUCCACUUCCCUCUAUUGAUGUCCUUAACCUUGCCAGCACGAACAUUUAAUGUACGGAGGUUCACUGCUACAGAUGAACAAAUGCUUAUUAACAUUGGAGAAAAGAUGGGUGAAAUGACGCAGCUGACCGAGCUGAAUAUGCCAUUUUCUGUACUCACAGGAAGAAUACGGAAACUGCUCAGCCCACUAAAAACUCCACUGAAGAUGCUGGAUGUUUCUAACUGCUCAUUGAACCAUGCUGAUAUGGCCUAUUUAGCCAAUAGCUUCCAUGCUAAUCACUUAGAAGCCCUGGACCUGAGUGGUCACAAUAUACCUGAUCUUUACCCAGCAGUAUUCUUUAAGCUUCUCAGCCAUUCCUCUUCAGUGCUCAGGAGUCUUACCUUGGAGGACUGUAACAUCCAAGACACUCAUGUCAACAUGUUGAUUUUAGGUUUAAGCCCUUGUCAGAAACUACAGGAGUUUAAGUUUCUUGGAAACCCACUGUCAUCCCAAGCACUUAAACACCUUUUCACAUUUCUUUGUGAGCUGCCAAUGCUGAAAAAUGUGGAGUUCCCAGUUCCAAGGGACUGCUACCCUGUUGGCAUCACCUACCCAAUUGAUGAUGCCAAUCUCUGCAGAUUUGAUCAGCAAAAAUAUGAACGUGUAACAGCAGAUCUUAACCUCAUUUUACUCCAAGCAAAUAGGGAGGAUGUGAAGGCUUCAACUCCACUCUUUGGAAGUUAUGAUGCAGCUGUUCAAGAGACGAACAAUGAACUGGGAGCUUACUUGAUCAAGUCCUUCAAAGAGACUCUAGAAAAGUUCACUACUUCUCUUAAAAUGACUUAAAGGUGUAGCAUAGUGGUGAUGAGAUGCCCCAUCAAAAAGACAUUAAUUUAGUCUUUUCUAGAACUGCACCUUCAUUGAUCAAUCUUGAGUUUUCUUUAUUUUUUCAGCUUAAUUUAAUUCUAUUUGAAUAGCCGCUGAUCAUCUGAGGUAUUUUAACUAUGGUAUAUCUAAUGCAUGCACCUUACAUAAGCACUACCUGCUCGCUAAAGAGGGGAGGACCCUUAAUAGCUUAUUUUACACAAAAGCACUUUGUUUCUCAGUAAAAAAACAGGUGUCUAAGCUUUGCUGAUUUCUUACAGAGUUUCCUUACAGAGAGGUUUGUAGCCCUAUAGAAAAGACAGGAAUGCCCUUUCCUAAGUCCAGCAAGGAUGUCCCAAGUAUUGUGAGCCUAUCCUCACCUAUGGCUCCCUAAACCAAUUUUUGUUUUUGCCCUUGGCCUUCCAAAUUCACCAGUCUCUGUUUUAUCCAGUACUUUCCCAAUAGUGGGGGAUUAAUAAGAGCUUCCAUGUCCCUGUGCCUCUCUUUCUUCUGCAGAGGCAAGCAUGAUAAACCUCCUUUUGCACGGGGAAUUAAAAAGUUUGUCUAAUAUAUUGUGCUGGUGCUGGAGUAAAGUUCCAUACUGAGGAGGCAGCAAACCAAGUAGUUGGCUGACAGCAGGAGAUUUCCCCCACUUCCCCAACAACAUAAAGCAGCCUAUGAGGAUUCUGCGGAAGCUCUUGCAAAAUGUAUUUUACAAAGGCGUACCAGGACAGUGCUGCACAGCCAUGCUUGCAAUGUCCGCAGGUAAGUGCCUCAGGCUGGGCCCUUUGUUGAAUCAGCUUCUUGUCCGGUAGAAUGUACCCUGUUUUAAAGAAAGUCUAGGACAGUGGUAAUAGUGUAAAAAAGACUAGUGUCAAAAAACAUAGGUAGAAAAAUGAAUCCCAUGCCAGUUUCAAAAAUGUGGAAAAGGGACAAGGCAGGUUGCUGAAUAACUAGAAGUUCAUCUGCGUAAAAUACUGACCUCUUCUGCCAGGACUGUGUGUUGUUUCGCCAGAGAAUCACAAUCAGUCCCUGGAAGAAUCACAUUUAUUUGGCAAGCUCCAUUGCCAGAAAUGUAUUUGAGUGACAGAGCAAACAGAAUCUCAGACCUCCCCACACACACACUGUAUUGGAACACGGGUAAAGGGGCCAACAGUGUGUCAAGAUGCAGCGGUAGGGCCACGAAACAAAUCUGGGAAAAGCACUGUAAUGGGGGAGGGAUCCCUGGAUGGUAGGCAAGUCACAGUCUACUCAGCUUCUCACUUGUAAUACUGCAGAGAGACCAAAGAGAAAGUUAUGUAAAUCUUACCUAUUGUCAGUCAAUUUGAGGCCUCUACUGACAGCCUCUGUCAACUCUACCAGAGCCCAAAAUGCACUGACGUAGAACUAGAGACUUGGUUAGCUUCUAGGUGAUCUGAAAGGAUAAAAAAAAAAAAAAGAAUGCUCAGGUUAAUGUCCAGCACUCUGCCAUUAAAUAUACUUCAACAAUUCAUGAAAACUUGAUUAAACAGCACUGAAAGUGAAUGUUGUAGCAAGAGUUGAGGGAUUAUUGUUGUAUUAAAAAUUGUUAUUGAGAUAACAAAGACAGCUUAUUUGAAAUAAUACUGGAUCUUUUCAUCUGAGGGUAAGGAAGAAAAUUUUUUCAUUUAGGCAGUACUAGUCUGUGAAGCUUUCUGUUUAUCCACAAUAAGAAUAUGCAAGCAGCUACUAACCUAGUUUACAGAAAACAAACAAACACACACCAAACUAAAAAACCCACACACCCAAAAACAAACAAACAACAACAAAAAAUUAAUGGACUGAGUACUAUGCAGAACUUACAGGUUCCACAGCAUGCAUUUAAAUGAUUUUUUUAUGUCGUCAGCUUAUGUUCUUUCUUCUAAUAUAUUUUAUUAAUUAAACACAUGAUGGUAAAAUUGAAUGUGAAUGGAUGUGACUUGCUUAUGUUUACAGAGCCAAAAAAAAAAAAAAAUAGAAGUUAUCUAAGUUGCCAAGCCAAACAGCUGUGAUUUAGAAAAUGCCAGAAUUGGGUUCCAUGCUUAUAUUUGGACAGAGUUGCCCCUUGUCCUCACCUCUGCUCUUUACCUUUCCCUCCUUCUGAACUUGCCAUUCCUUCCAUCCUAGAUUUGACCCAUGACUUCUCAGCCAGAUA